CCUCAAGCUGAAAAAAAAAAAGAACAAUGGGAUCCAAAAUGGUUUGGCUUAUCAUUUUACUUCUUCUCAAUUUGAGUUUCUUUGAUCUUUCAGAAGCCAGGCAUCAUAGGAAGCUCCCUUCGGCCGUCGUCGUCGGUACCGUUUUCUGCGACACGUGCUUUCAAGAGAAGUUUUCAAAGACCAGUCACUUCAUUUCAGGUGCAACGGUUGUUGUUAAAUGUGGAAAUGAAGGAUCGAGGCCGAGUUUUAGGGAAGAAGUAAAGACAGACAAAAGAGGGGAAUUCAAGGUGAAUUUGCCAGUUCCAGUGAGCAAACAUGUGAAGAAGAUUGAGGAAUGUUAUGUGGAAUUAAUUAAAAGUAGUGAACCAUAUUGUGCAGUGGCUGCAACAGCAAAAUCAUCUUCCCUUCAACUUAAGUCAAAAAAACAAGGCACACACACAUUCUCAGCUGGCUUCUUCACUUUCAAGCCUCUAAAACAACCAAACCUUUGCAAGCAAAGGCCACAAAAUUCCAACACAUAUGAUGACACGAAACAAGUCCUCGCCGCACCCCCGACAUUCGACUACCCGAGUUUGCCAUCUCCGAUCCAAAACCCGAACGUUCCUCGGAUUUACGAGAACCUUCCUCCUCUUCCAUUGCUUCCUGGACUUCUUCCAUUGCCUCCAUUGCCUCCAUUGCCACCACUCCCACCUCUUCCACCUCUCCCUGGCUUUCCACUAUUCCCACCAAAAAAGAAUGAAAAUAAUGCACCAAAUGAAACUCCAAACACAAGUGAAAAACCAAACCAGUUUCAUCCACAAACUCUGCUUCCUUUGAGGAGGCCACAUUUUUCUGUUCUGCCACCACACAGGCUGCACCACCACCAGCCUCUCUUGCACCGGCUGCAGCCGGCAGCGGGCGGCGUAGCCCUGUCGCUGCCGUUACCUGACCUGCCUGAGAUCUCCUCACCUCCAAAGCAAAAUUCUCCUUGAAAUAUUUCAACAUUUAGAAUUGAUUGUUGUUUUUGCGUAAAUUAUUCUGCUUAUUUUCUGGUAAAAAUCAAUAAUUGUGAGGUGAAAGUGAUGGAUUUGAGGAAAAUUGAGAGUUGGGAUUGGACAUAAAGGUUGGUUUUGUGUUUUGGAUAAGUUUGAUCAUAUAAUUAAUUCAUGUUGUUGGGAUGGAUGGGAUGACUUUAGCUUUUAUUGUGAAAAGUUAAAUAAUUGGACGGUUAUAUUGAUCCAAUUGUUUUGAUUAUUUUAUUGAAUAAAAAUGACUUGUUAAUAAUUUAAA